AGCGCCUGCAGCAUGGUUCCUGACAUCCUGAACAGCUUUACACUCGCUCGCUGCUGCUACUACUGUACGUAACGAUAGUCGAAAGGCACGGAUCAGCCUCAAAUCGAAUGCAGCCGGAAGCGAGGGCACAGUGCAGUAGUGGGUGAGGAGGAAAGCAGGUGGUGAGUGGGCCAUUUCUUUAUGGCGCAAUGGAUGGUCCUUCAGCUGCAGGUGGGGCCUGCACACCAUUUGUGGUCAUGGAACAAUUUAUUAUUCUCUGGUGUUGUAGUGAACUCGUGCCUCUUGAGCCUGGAGCUGACGGACGCGUUUACAGGUGCUACGGCCGAUGAUGUUGUAGAGCACCACGGUAGACAGCGCGGGCUCAGUGCUCACGUUUCUUGUGUCUGGUACAGUCCUCAUCGCUUUUCGGGAGCAUUGCAUCGCUCGAAUGCGUCAUAUGCUUCUCGAAAGGAUCACCGACCGAACGGCUGGCGUCCUCGUGAAAUACGUUGAAUGCCGCUGACGUCUUGGUCCCGCUGUCGACGGCAAUUUGACUCUGCCUUUCGGGAUUAAACAAUGAACGGGAUCGGCAUUGCCAUCGUCGAGGUCGUCAUCGCGACCCCUUGAUGUUUUGUCGAGGCUCGAGCAUGGCGACGACCAUCCGGAUAGCCAUCAGGACGGACAGAUCGCGA